AUGUCAGAAGAUUACAGAGUGUUACCUAAUGUUGAAAGAAAAGAUAUCCAAUAUCAAGUUUUAAAUCAGAUCAAUGAUAUUUUACAUUCUAUGGGUCAUAAUAUAAAUGAAUAUGAGCUUAUCCCAGAAACAGUUCAACCAUCUAUACUGGAAAAAGAAGCGAAGGAGGUAUUCUUUGAAAGAACCAUCAGGGUUAGUGAAGAGGAUAUACUGUUACACAAAAAACUAAACACAAAACAAUUGAAAGCAUACAAUGUGAUCAUUGACAGAGUAUUUUCCAAGAACCCAGGAGCUUUUUUGAUCGAUGGUCCAGGAGGGACUGGAAAAACUUUCUUAUACCGUGCUUUAUUAGCGACUAUACGUAGUAAAGGGUACAUAGCUCUAGCAACUGCUACUUCUGGUGUUGCUGCUUCAAUUCUUCCAGGUGGGCGAACUGCACGUUCACGUUUCAAAAUACCUAUAGACAUUGAUGAAAAUUUCAGUUGUAACAUUAGCAAACAAAGCUCAACUGCAAGUUUGAUUCGUGAUGCAAAAUUAAUUGUAUGGGAUGAAGUAUCUAUGGCUAAAAAAAGAAUGCUUGAUGUUUUUGACUUGUUCUUAAAAGAUCUUAUGGAUACAAAUAUUCUAUUUGGGGGAAAAGUUGUUGUUUUUGGAGGUGACUUUAGACAAACUCUUCCAGUUGUUCGAAACGGGAAUAAAGAAGAUUUUAUUAGUGAAAGUUUACUAUAUUCUACCAUUUGGGACGAACUUGAAAAAUUGCAAUUAUCUGAGAAUAUGAGGGCAAAAACAGAUCCCGCUUUUUGUGAUUACUUGAUAAGAAUUGGAAAUGGACAAGAGAGCGUAAACUUUAAUAACAAAAUUGAACUUCCAGAUUCUAUGAUUAUUCUUUUGCAGCUGAAGAAGAAUCUCUAA